GUUUUUCAGCCGGCGUAAUGGUUACGCACUAAAAUUGAACGCCAUCGAGCGAUCAGUACGAUUUUUAUCGUGUGCUAAAGUUAAAGUGAGGUUAGGUCGGGACAUUAAAGUAGCAAAAAAGCGUACAAAAAAGAACGAACGGCAAAGAAAUGUGUUGAAAUAGUUUCAGGUUGAGUAAUGUCUGCGAAACCGUCCGUGAAUAUGGAAGAUUUCUUGAAAAUCGAGAAAAUUGGGGAAGGGACCUACGGGGUGGUCUACAAAGGUAAAAACAAGAAAACUGGUGAGCUAGUGGCCAUGAAGAAGAUUAGAUUGGAAUCAGAAGAUGAAGGUGUACCCUCGACAGCCAUAAGAGAGAUUUCAUUACUGAAGGAGCUCCGACACCCAAACAUUGUGUUACUAGAAGAUGUACUCAUGGAAGAAAACAAGUUGUAUUUGAUCUUUGAAUUCUUAGCGAUGGACUUGAAAAAGUUCCUUGAUUCGUUCACACCAGGAAAAUUCAUGGAUCCAAAGUUAGUUAAAAGUUAUUUAUACCAAAUAAACGAUGCCAUACUAUUUUGUCAUCAACGUCGAGUUUUGCAUAGAGACUUAAAACCCCAAAACUUGCUCAUUGCUGCCAAUGGAAAAAUUAAGGUCGCCGAUUUCGGUUUGGGUCGCGCGUUUGGAGUACCAGUUAGGAUCUACACCCACGAGGUGGUGACUUUGUGGUACAGAGCACCCGAGGUGCUCCUGGGCUCGCAGAGGUACUCCUGUCCAAUCGAUAUCUGGAGUGUCGGCUGCAUAUUUGCCGAGAUGGCGACUAAGCGGCCUCUGUUCCAAGGCGAUUCUGAAAUUGAUCAGUUGUUUAGGAUUUUCAGAGUCCUUAGAACCCCGACGGAAGAAGUUUGGCCAGGAGUGACUUCGUGCCCCGACUACAAAGCCACGUUCCCGAACUGGACGAGUUACAACCUGGAAAACCACGUGCUUAACCUUGACAAAUCCGGGAGGGAACUGCUGAAAGAGAUGCUGGUGUACGAUCCGGCCAAGAGGAUCUCUGCCAAGCGCAUCGCACUCCACCCGUAUCUGCAAAACGUCGACAUGUCGGUUAAACCGACGAUUGUGGUGAAACCCUGAUUUCCAACGUCACGAACAUUCUGAAAGUCCGCCCGAAUUUGUUUUUAUCGCAGACAAGUUUUUUAUUUUUUUCUGUUUCGGGCGGAUUUUCUCCUCCCCACCAUGCGCGCCGCGGCUUUUGUUUUUGUAAAACAGAAGUGUAUAUUUUUAUUUAUAAGUUAUAGUAUUUAAUAUUUUUUGUAACUUUUAAGACAUACAUUAUUUAAGU